AUGGAUUCCUUUGAAAUGUUUGCAGCCGCAUCUCUCAACACCUUCCAGAUCGCAUCUCUCAACACCUUCCAGAUCACAUCUCUCAACAUCUUCCAGAUCGCAUCCCUGAACACCUUCCAGACCGCAUCCCUGAACACCUUCCAGGCCGCAUCUCUGAACACCUUCGAGGCCGCAUCCCUGAACACCUUCCAGACCGCAUCCCUGAACACCUCCGAGGCCGCAUCUCUGAACACCUUCGAGGCCGCAUCCCUGAACACCUUCCAGACCGCAUCCCUGAACACCUUCCAGGCCGCAUCUCUGAACACCUUCGAGGCCGCAUCCCUGAACACCUUCCAGACCGCAUCCCUGAACACCUCCAAGGCCGCAUCUCUGAACACCUUCAAGGGCGCAUCCCUGAACACCUUCCAGACCGCAUCCCUGAACACCUUCCAGACCGCAUCUCUCAACACCUUCGAGACCACAUCUCUCAACACCUUCCAGGCCGCAUCUCUCAACACCUUCCAGACCGCAUCUCUCAACACCUUCGAGACCGCAUCUCUCAACACCUUCCAGACCGUAUCUCUCAACACCUUCCAGACCGCAUCUCUCAACACCUUCCAGACCGUAUCUCUCAACACCUUCCAGGCCGCACCCCUCAACACCUUCCAGGCCGGCGUAGAAGGUUAA